UUGAUUAUUGACACAACAGGAGAAACGUUGAAUAAAUAUGAUGUCCUGCCAUAAAGCCUUCUUCCUCUUUUGCAAUUGCCAUAGGCAUUUUCUGAACUCAAAGAGGCAAAAUGACGAGCCAGUCUCAGGGAAUACAGCAGCUUCUCCAGGCAGAAAAACGGGCCAAAGAUAAGCUUGAAGAAGCCAAAAAAAGAAAAGGAAAGAGACUGAAGCAAGCCAAGGAAGAAGCCAUAGCAGAGAUAGACCACUAUAGGCUCCAGAGAGAAAAAGAUUUCAGAUGGAAGCAUUCCAAAAUAAUGGGCUCUCAUGAUAAUCUAUCAACAAAAAUAGAUGAAGAAACUGCAGCAAAAAUCCAAAGUCUCACUAAUAAUUUUCACAAGAACAGAGAGAAUGUGCUUGGUAAUCUAUUAGGCAAAGUGUACGACAUCAAUCCUGAUAUCCAUCCAAAUUAUACAUAUACAAUUUAAAUCCCCUAUGGAAAUGUUUUAAAAGAAGCAGUACUCACAGAAUGAGAUAGCCUAAUGAAGAUGGCAGAUUGGGAACUAUCACAUAUUAACUUGUUACCAAUUAUAUUUUUAUCACCAGCAAGAACCGAACAAGAAUCCAUUUGGAUUUUCUGUUUCCAACAGCUAAAUUGCUAUACAUAAUUUUACUACAGUUUUUUUUAUUAUUAUUAUUACUUUCUGCAUUCCAGCUGGAUAUAUAAUAUAAUCUCAAAGCUGAAGCAUAUUCUUGAACAUAAUAUUUGUAAUUUGGCCAGCUUUUAUAGGCAACUCACUCUGACAACGUAAAUUUUUACCCUCCCUUUUUUUUUUACCCUCCCCUUUUCCCCACUCAUUUUUGUAGCAAAGUUUGUAUCACUUAAAUAUGGGCAAAAGCAGAAAAAAGAAUGGCUUGACACUAGCAGCUUUUAAGUGGGUGUCUUUUUUUCUUCUGAUGUUCUCUACUGCUUGGAAAGUAUUUUGUCAUAUGGCUUGUUGUAGGAAAUCUGUUUGUCUCAAUAUGUGGAGUUUUAAAAUAACUAAGUAUACAAUAAAUAGUAUAUAUUAUUAGACUUAACAUUAACCGUGUGUCUCUAGGGCGGUAUGUAUGGGGAAACUACUUAUAGGAUGUCUUUACAUAUCAGAUAUACAGUAAUUGCCCCAAGUUAUGCUGGAAUUAGAAGUUCUGUCUGUGAGUUGGUAUUUGGCCAAAAUAAUCCUCUCUGUCAUUCACAGUAUCAAAAAUAUAUUUGUUUGGUUAUAGCAAAGGUAGGCAUGCAACAUCUCUAAAAUAAGUAAGAGUCUUUCUUGUUCAUGGGAUAGAUUAAAGGUAGACUUCAACUCACAAACAGUAAUAAGCAGUUCCAUCACUAAGUCUAACUGAUGACAUAACUAAAGAACUAAACUAAACUAAACUAACUAAAGUUCCCCAUAGGUCCUGCAUAAUAGACCGUGUGGGAACAAUCAUAUAAAGAAGAUUUCUGCUAGCGAAGAUCAGUUCUUUGGUGAUGAUACAGUGAAACUUAUAGACAGUAGAGUUCUUCAAUCUUGCUUAUAUCUUGCAAAUAUUACUUGAAUGGGCUAUAAUAGUUACCUGUUCUACUGGGCUUCUAGAACUG